CACGCCCACGUGUUUCCAGAUAGAGCGCUCGCCGAGCUGAAUCACACCUUUUAUCCCUCCAGCUGGAAAUACACGUUAAAAAGCAUCGGGUUUUAAUGUUUUUUGUUAUUAAAAGAACGAACACGAAAUGUGUGUUUAAAACAGCGUUGUAGUUUUAUGUGUUAGAUAUUCAACCGACUUAUAAGAAGCUUGAGAGAGAGAGAGAGAGAGAGUCUCAGCACAGCAAACGAGUCGGUUGGAAGAAACACGGAUAUAAGUGUCAUUCUGCAUUUCUUCUGUUUUCUUUUCCACCACACAGAAGGACACUAGUAAGUAGUGAGUUACAUUUUUUUGGCUGAAGAUGAACCCCGUUAGAGGAGAAGUGUAAACUAAAAGCAAACUUACCUGCGCCGUUCACCUUGUGGAGAGAGGAGGAUUAAAGCAGCUGUAGAGGUUUCCUGACACCGAGUGGGAUGCGAGCAGAUCGGUGGAAGGCCGAGUGUGAAGGAGCAUGGUGAAACACCAACCCUUACAGGUCUACGAGAGACAGCUGUGUUUGUCCUGCCUGACCGGGAUCUAUGGGUGCCGCUGGAAACGCUACCAACGCUCCCAUGAUGACAGCUCCAAGUGGGAGUGCUCCUGGUUCCUCAUCCUGUGCUCCUCGUUUCUCCUCCUCCUCGUCUGGUUCUACUUUUGGUGGGAGGCUCACAACGACUACAACGAGUUUAACUGGUUGUUAUAUAACCGAUCAGGGGAGUGGAGCGAUGGCACCAUCCCCAUUCUCGCCACCACACUUGUGGGAUUCUCUUACACUGCAUUUUUAAUGAUUUUAGGCCUUUGCCAUAUCGCACUGGGGCAGCAGCUCAACCUUUACUGGAUUCAUAAGAUUGGUGUGUUGGCUGUCCUUCUCACUACCAUUACAGGCGUGGUGUCCAUCGAUGACAUAUGGAGGGAUGAAUGGGACAUCAUCCUCAUCUCGCUGCAGUAUCCCAUGUGGUGGUUUUAUGUUUGUAUCCAGUCGACUGGACCCUUCCUGCAUGUUGGCGCCGUGGCUGCCAUGACGGCAUUGGGGUGGAUCGUCGCCGGCCUGGUCGUGCGUGGAGAAAGAACGAGAUUUCAGAUGCUGCUUCUCCUGCUGUAUGUGUGCGUCCUCCUGGCUCUUUACCUGACUCCCCUCACCAUCUCCUCCCCCUGCAUCAUGGACCGAUCCGACCUGAAGCCACGGCCCUCAAUCAUUGGCCGCCGAGGAGCUCCAAUGCUGGCUCCGGAGAACACCAUCAUGUCCUUCAACAAAGCCUUGCAGCAGAGAGUCAGCGGCUUUGAGGCCGACGUCACCAUCAGUGCAGACGGAAUAGCCUUCCUGAUGCGUGACCGUACACUGCGCCGCACCACAGAUGUGGCUCGAGUCUUUCCUCAGCGGCAACACGACGACGCCUCGCUCUUCACCUGGUCUGAGAUACGCUCUCUAAAUGCUGGCCUGUGGUUUCUCAGGGAUGACCCCUACUGGAUGACCCAGUUAAUGUCCGUGAAGGAGCGAGGCCGAGCGGCCAAUCAGACAGUGUGUAGUCUGGUGGAACUGCUGCGUCUGGCAGUGAAGACAAACCGCUCAGUGAUGUUCAGCCUGCGUAGACCUCCACCUCAACACCCACGACACGAGGUCUGGAUCAGCGACGCCCUAAAGGCUGUGCAGCGCUCCGGCAUCCAGUCUGAACAGGUGAUGUGGAUGGCAGACUGGUACAGAAAGAAGGUGAGAUCCGCUGUGCCUCUUCUGGAGCAGAUGGUGGAGGAGGAGGAGGUUUCUGCAGAGGAGUUUAAAGAAAGGGGAAUCCGUACAGUGAGCAUACACUACAGCCAAGCUACACAAACCGAAAUCAGCAGACGCUUGAGAGACCGCAACGUGAGCAUGAACGUGUACCCGGUGAACGAGCCGUGGCUUUACUCAGUGUUGUGGUGCAGCGGCGUUCAGUCCGUCUCGUCCGACGCUCCUCACAUCCUCCGCAAAGUGCCUCAGCCCAUCUGGUUAAUGAGUCCAGACGUAUACUGCGUAAUAUGGAUCAUGGCUGAUUUAAUAUCUGCAGCAGUCAUAAUAGGAAUAUUUAUAUUACAGAAGUGGAGGAUGAGCGGGAUGCGCAGCUACAACCCAGAGCAGAUCAUGCUGAGCGCCGUGGUACGGAGACCCAGCCGUGACGUCAACAUCAUGAAGGAGAAGCUCAUCUUUUCAGAAAUAAACAACGGCGUCAGCAGCACAGACGAGCUGCCUCUCUACACCGAGCACGGAUAUGAAGGAUACGCACGCGACACCAUUUCCCGCUGAGCCGGACGGCGUUCCGAGAUCCUCGGUUCCUCGUUUCACUUCACGUAAACAUUGUUGCUUGGACUUUUCGGAAAACGAGCUGCUCUGCCACUGCCGACAAAGGACAUCUGUGAUUCUUGGAGCUCUGAAUUGCACAGCUCUGUGAUUGGAUUUGUAUUUGCUUAUUUAUAUAAAGGACCUUCACUCUGAUGCCUUACGCUCUGGAUAAAAGUGUAAGAUAUAAGAUGAAAUGUUGCUGCAGCGGUAGUGUGGAUAGUUUCAUCUUAUGGAGUGUAGAAUUUACUGAACAAAUUGCCAUACUGCAAGUGGCUUCUUCUUCUCAUUAUGAUUAUUAUUAUUAUUAUUAUUAUUAUUAUUAUUAUUAUUAAUUGUUUCUGUUUUUGUUUUUAUUAUUAUUAUUAAUUGUUUCUGCAACUGAGUCGACUCUGUGAUGAUCUGUACUCUUUGGAGGAUGGAGGAUUAUUUGUAUUCUGCAGUCGGUCUGUACUGCGAGUAGGUUUUUUGUUUUGUUUUUUUCUUCAUAUUUUAUCCUUACUGUAGUAUUUUUGUGCCGUCGACACUGCAGUGGUUGAAGUUCUGUGGUUCUCAGAGUUUUAAAUGAAUCGAUGCCUCUAUGACGUGCAGAUUUGAAUGUAUUUCAUUUGUAGAAAGUGAAUUAAAAAGAAAAAAAGAGACAAGGGAAGUAAAUAAAAGUAAACGUCUACGGUUUUUUUCUGCCCUUGCCAGAUGAAAACGGCGUCUGAUUGAAAGCUCUGAUUACUACUUGAUACAUCACUGAGGUUGGAGGUUCACCGAGACUGAGAUAUGAUUGAGUUCAUCACUCACGCACUCACUCAACUCGCACAUGUUUUUCGUGUUCACUUACACAUUUUGAUUUGUAUCUGAGAAACAGGAUCCGGCGUUAGUUUCAGAUUUUGUUCAGAAUUGGUUCUCUGAACGUUUUCUCUGCAGAUCUUUUAUCUUUAGGCGCACAGAUUCAAAACUUUCAUAAUCCUCAGUUUUAAAGGUGCAGUGUGUAAAUUUUGGGGGAGUGUGUUAUGGAGAGCACUUUGCUACAGGGAUGAUGUUGUGUGUUAAACGGAAGAAGGUUGUAGUAUGUCAGCGCAAUAUAAAAAAAAAAAUGGCUCAGGAGGUAAUAAGCAACAUGAAGGAUGUGAGUAUUAUGAUUAAGCAAAGGGGUUGGGCUUCUUUGUCCUGAUUGGACAGAUAUCGUUGGUCUGCAAAUCACUUACACAUCCUACUAAGGUAGCACUAUGAGCAGGUAUUUCAUCGAACGCUACCAGAAUGUGCGAGAAACAUGAAAUAUUACAAAACAUGUCUUGAUUAUAAUAUCACUGCCUGUAUCUUCAAUCUGGUCAUCGUGGGUGUCAUGAGUCUGUCUUCAAUUAGUAUUCAAAUGAGAAAUGUCAUACUCCUGCGAUGUAUAUAAUAUUUUUUUUAAUUAUAUUGACUCAA